AUGGUUUGGGCAAUUUCAAGAGUUGGACCUGCCAGAAAGACCAUGACAACCUUCUUUAUUCUAUGCUUGGGAGUGCCAUUGUAUCCUGUGUUGGCAGCCCUCCUUUUGGCAUUGCUUUGGUUGGGGAUAGGGUGUUCUAUGCUCAUCGUGUCAAGCUUUGGCCCUGCAGCGCUACUCUGUUGGCUUAUGGUGCGCUUAUGGGAGUUUCAGCAGGAAUUUCUCGAGGUCGAAGAAGAAAGGAAGAGCGAAAUGCAAAGACGCAAUGAGGUGGUCGAAGAUAUUAGUUGCUGGGAACUUCUUUGUGGAUUGUUCAUAGGCAUCAUCAGUUGCUGCAGCUUCGGCAUGUUGGCACUUCUGCUGACCAUUUUGAAGUCGCCCUUUGUGAUCAUGUCAUUUGUGCUGCGGUUUAUGUACGAGUCUCUUUGCCGUUGGCUGGUGCUGGUUCAUUGUCCCCAUCGACCGUUCUGCUCAAUGUGUGCUCCACAUCGCAUGGUUCAGAUAGGGGGCGAGGACAAGACCAUCCAAGACUUGCGCUCGGAGGGAGUCUCUGCCAAGGACUUGAAAGGCCUCGGAGACUGGAAAUCGACUGGCGGUGGCAUGACUACGGUGGAUGCAGCUGGUGGGGAUGGUUCCCCCCUCAUUUUCUUAACAUGGCUGAGUUCUCUUGCGUGCCUGAUCGUCAUGCUAUUGCUGGCUAUAGCUGUAGUGUCUUUGGCGAAGCUGAUUGUGGCCGUGAUCUGGCCAGCCUACAUCUCUGCUGGGUGGUUACGCAUUGUGGCGCAUGCAAGGAGGCGACCCAGUGCAAGGACCUGUUGUGAGCCAUUGGUGCAAGGCUUGAAAGCAGGUUACCAAGUCGUUUGGGCCAGUUCUCUCCUCACAAACAUUUGCAUCUCGAACCGGACUCUACAGGCAAAAUGGGAGCUGGUUGAGCAAACGGUUGGUGAGGGUCUUGAAUUUGCCAAGGGUGACCGUGCAGAAUUGUCACCCGAAAUUCGAAGCCUUUCACUGUUUCCGCCAGUUUUGGUGGGACUUUUUCACAACUCCUGGGACUUGUCUUUGCGCACCUUGGCGCAUCGCUUGGGAGUUUCACCAAACAUGGUCCAAGAAGCUUGGCGGGGUUUGGCACGUCAGAUGAUGUGGUUUUGUCAAGCAGCGGUGGAGGAAGGCCUUAUUACGGACGAGUGGGUCCAGGAGGUUCCGGUGGGGCUUUGUAUCGGUCUGCCGGCACGUGCUUUUCUACAGGCGUUGGUGCUUAUGGGGGGGCUCAGGGUCAGUGCAGACAGGGCCGCUGAACUUGGAGGCUUUGCAGAAAAAGUUUGGACACUUUUCUGCAAAGCACAGGAUGCAAGGAAUCAAGUCGAAAUCACUCCAGCAGUGCAUCGAUUGCUUUGCGCAAGGCUGCUGGCCGGGGGAGAGGAACCAGGUACUCUUCCUCCGGCCUUGGCUGAUGCUGUUGAACAAUAUGAGAAUCUGUCGGAAGCAACCCAUGCUGCUUGCCAACGGGUGCUACAGCCUCUACUGGAAUUUGGACUUGCGUGUGGCGAGCAACGCCAAUUCAAAGAGAACCUGAAACUUAUUAUCGAGUCUUUGCCACACCUGGAUUCCGAAUCAAUUCUUCAGUAUCUCUAUCAAGAUCCGCGAUUGAAUCUGGAGGACGGAAGAUCUGAGGGUCAGUAUGUAUUUGCAGCUCCGCUGCUUGAUCUUGAGGCUCAGUAUGUCUUUGCAGCCCCCCGUGCAGAUCUCGAUGUAUGA